AUGGCAACAAUUGCUGCGGCGUCGAUAGCUGCUACUGCGGCCGGUCUCACGUAUCUCGACGGCAAAUUCCAUCUGCGACAGGAUUGGCAGAACAUCCGCGCAAAAAAGCAGGGCGCAAAACUCUUUCAGAAAGCUUUCCGAGAAAAGCGUAUCUCGUCCUACUAUUUCUUCGAGAAGCAUGCCCAGACUAAACCCAGUAAGGAGUGCAUCUGGUCGCGCCAGGGCAGCUUCACUUAUGCCGAGACAUACUACCGCGUCAACCAAUACGCUCAGUGGUUCUUACAACAUGCCAAUGUCAAGCCUGGUGACCUCGUCGCCUUUUUCAUGGCCAACAGUCCUGAAUUUGUCUUUGCUUGGAUGGGUUUGCUAGCUAUCGGUGCAGCUCCAGCCCUCAUUAACCACAAUUUAACUAGACAGGCUCUACUGCACUGUCUGGGUAUCUCUGAAGCGAAACUCAUACUGGCUGAUGGCGCGCCUCAGCUACUGGAGCGCCUCGAUGCUGUUAAGGAUGAACUGGCUGCGCAAGGGGUGAGUAUUGUGAACCUGGCUGAUGUCAAACAUGAAGUCAAUGCGACAAAGGGCGAGCGGCCGUCCGAUGAGCUACGUGAGAACGUCCGGCCUGACUCUCCAUUUGCUCUGUUUUACACUAGCGGCACAACCGGAUUACCCAAAGCUUGCAUGCUGCCCGCGGCCGCCGGCUUUGGAUACGGCGUCAGUAUGGACUGCGGUUUCUCGUACGUUAAGGGCGACGAUCAGCGCUACUAUGACUGCAUGCCCCUAUAUCACGGUACAGGAGGUAUUAGUGGCAUGACGCAGCUGCUAACAGGUCAGACGCUAUGCAUCGCGCCUAAGUUCAGCGUGUCUGGGUUUUGGGACGACAUUCGAGACAGCCGAGCUACGUGGUUCGUCUACGUCGGCGAGACGCUGCGAUAUCUACUAGCAGCACCACCGUCACCACGCGACAAAGAACACAAUGUACACUCCAUCUAUGGCAAUGGCCUGCGUCCGGACGUCUGGAAGCCAUUCCGCGACCGUUUCGGCAUCGAUACCAUCUUCGAGUUCUUCAACUCGACCGAGGGUAUCAUGCCGCUAGAUAACCCGGCCCGGGGUGACUUCCGCGCCCAUGCCGUCGGCCACCACGGUUUCCUGCAACGAUGGCGUUUCUACCACGUCUUUGUGCCGGUUGAAAUCGACGUUGACACAGGAGACAUUGCGCGGGAUCCCAAGACGGGCUUUGCGCGACGCGUCCCUUACUCGGUCGGCGGCGAGAUACUUGUUACGCAGCCGCCUACGAUCACACCGGCUUUCCCAGGGUAUUACCGUAACGAAGAAGCGACAUCGAAGAAAUACGUGCGCAAUGUAUUUCGUAAGGGUGACUUAUACUACCGAACGGGCGAUGCGCUGCGACGAGACGAUGAUGGGCGGUGGUUCUUCCUAGAUAGGUUGGGUGAUACGUUCCGUUGGAAGGGAGAGAACGUGUCCACGGCCGAAGUGUCCGAAGUACUUGGCCGAUUCCCAGGUGUAAGUGAAGCGACCGUGUAUGGAGUAUCUCUACCGAACCACGACGGAAAGGCCGGCAUGGCAGCUAUCUUCAUUGACCCGGCCGUCAAGACUUUUGACUAUAAUGGAUUGCUGAAACACGCCCGUGCCCACCUCCCCAAGUAUGCCGUACCUAUCUUCGUGCGCCGCAUUGCCGCACGCUCCGCUACCCACAACAACAAGCAAGAUAAAGUUCCGCUCAAGCGCGCCGGCGUCGACCCAGCUCAGACUGCGCCUGACCCUGUUUUUUGGGUUCCCGACCACGCCAAGGGCGGCAGUGCCUACGUGCCCUUUACGCAGCAGGACUGGGACGCGUUGGAAGGCGGUCGGGCUAAGCUAUGA